UCAUGGCUGGGUCUCAGUAUCCCCAGACCACGAGGUCACUCCUAAAAACAGGGCUACUACUAUUUAUUAUAUUACUAUUGUUUUUGUUCAGUAGAUAAAAAUCAUCAUCUCCAUCUCCAUCGAAGAUGGAUCGACCCUUUCCCCCAACUCCUAGCUUCUCAUCCUUAUCAAAAUGAAUCCAAUUGUUAAUUAAAUUCAAUUCAGGACAUGACAGGAAGCUAAAAGUUUAUGUAAACGGAUAAAAGUUUCAGUCCCGAAACCCUUCCGGGUUCUUGAAUCCACUGAAUCAAGCACGUUAAACUUGACUUCUCUCCGUAACCCGGAAGGCUGUCUUCCACUCUUCACCGUUGUUCGCAACGGCCUUGCAACUAUUGUAGAGACACAAUAGUUGCAACUCGGAACGUUCUCAGUUAACUCCGUGGUUCUUUGUCGUUUUUCAAUCACAACUUUCGUUCUUCUCGCAAUCGCUACUAAUGUUGUUCUGUUGCUUUUCAGCUUUUCUGCCAAAAUGGCCGUUUUCUGACGUUUCUCAGAAAUAGUACGUCAUCACUUCGAAAAUUUAAAAUUUCAAAAUACUAGAAUAUCUUGACCUUCACCGUUCUACUAAUCAUCCGAAUAACGUCGUUAAUCCUUCAAAAUCACUAACUCGGAAGGUUCACUGCUAAAAAUUUGAAAUCUGCAGAGAUUGCAUUUUGUCCAUUCUGGUCGAAUGUCACAAAAAGAUUGUUUUUCAGCUGUUCAAGGAAAAAGUAGGAUGAUUGGAGAAUUCAUUGCAAUCCUUCUUUUUAAAAUAUCUUUUGGAGAUAUCAUAACGAAUAGCUUCAAACUGGCAAAUCUUAACUAAAAAUUUUCAGCACUAGGUUGUUUCUAUAAAAAAGAAGCCAUCCACUCUGGGAGGCUUGGGUAUUAGUUCGGCAUUUAUCACUGCACCAUCUGCCUAUUUAGCUUCAGCGGAGAGUUGCCGGACUAUUAUUGCCUCUAUCCUACCAGACGGAUUGGUGAAUGUUCCAGUCACGAUCGGACAGGCUUUUGAGAAGUGGCAACAACAGAGUAACUGUGUCGAACGGCCCGUCCAUCCACACGUUCAAAGCAAUUGGACAGGUCCCGCCUUUAAACACAUGCUAGCUACCACUCUCACUUUGGUAGACAACAACAACCGAAAGAGACUAAUGGCCUUUCAAGGCAAGGAAGCAGCAGCAUGGAUUAACGCGCUUCCAUCGCAAGCUCUAGGGCUGAAGUUAACAGACAGUCAAUUGAGAAUUGCCGUCGCCACUCGUUUAGGCAGUCCAGUCUGUGCCACACACCGUUGUGUUUGUGGCUCGACUGUAGACAAUUCAGGCCUUCAUGGUCUUUCAUGCCGGAAAAGUGCUGGCCGGCACGCCAGACACACAAUGGUCAACAACAUUAUCAAACGAACAUUGGCCCUAGCGGGUUACCCUUCCGUUCUGGAACCCCCUGGAAUGUGUCGGUCUGACGGCAAGAGACCAGACGGUGCUACUUUAGUUCCGUGGGAGAGAGGACAAACGCUUGUCUGGGAUGCAACUAUUGUUGAUGCCCUUGCACCCUCUAGGGGAGAUCCCUCUGGGACAGCUGAGUCUGCAGAAACCUUAAAGAACGCGAAGUAUGAAGAACUCACAAGGCGAGGACAUAUUUUCCAAGCUGUUGCUUUCACAACACAAGGACAGUGCAGUAAGAACACGUCCUCCUUUAUCAAAAAGCUCGGAAGGCUCAUUAAAUCCCUUACAAACGACGACCGAGCCUCAGGAUUCCUUAGACAGCGGCUUUCAAUGGCUAUACAAUCAGCCAAUGCCGCCUGCGUUUUGGGCACGAUUAGAGUCUAUGACAAACUUGAUGAGAUAUUCUAUUUAUAAUUUUUAGACGAUAGCGUUAACGCUUUAUUUUGUUUUUAUAUUUGAUUAAUUCAAGUUUUUCAUAAAAAAAAAGAAGCCAAGAGCUGUCUCACUGUCCCUAUCCCAACAAACCUAAUUACAAAACACCAUUUUCAUUCAGAUUAAUAACUACCGUAGAGUGUAAAAGAUAAAGUGUAGAAAAAAUGUGUAGAUUCACAAAAAUCAUUGUUAGUAAUUUGAUGUUUCUAUCAUUAACGUAGUCGCGACAAGGUUUGAAUUUUUUUUUUUUAAUUCAAUGUUCCUGGACCUCAACUGAGUUAAACAGCUUUCUUCCAUUAAAUGCUUUCCGCAAAAAGUUUUCCAGAUUGCCGUUUCUUUGAUUUUUUCUGUUUCCGGAUCGGCAAUGUUGAAAUUAAACUCCUUUGCUUUGCGUAGAUGUUGUACUCAUAGAACCACCAGCAGAAGAAAAACCUCGGAAAUGACCACCAUAGCAUCAAAGAUUUUUUCGAGAUAUUCGAGUACAGUUUCCUCUGGCGUUGAAGAUGAGUUUGAAGCUCUUUUUCAAGAAACAAUAGAUGCACAGAAUAAAGUGCAUGAUAAAGAACGGAAAGUAAUAGAAGAAACAGCGACUUCUGACGAAGUCUUUGAAAAAUUUAACUACAAAGUGCUGCCAUCUGUGUAUGACAGUUCAUCUGACCUACCCAAAGAACCUAUGAGCACUGCGUAUAAUGCUUCUGAUCAUUUUUCGUUUCACGCGACAGAAAUUCUUCAUAAAUUUUACCAAGUUCCGAAGAACGACUAUGAAAAGUAUUUUGGCAAUGGACUGCUCGUUUCAGCAAUGCAAGCAUCUGACGCAAAAGUUUUCAAUAAAUUAUGUUUGAUGAUCCGAAAACCAUCUUUGGAAGCAAUUCAUUACGUCAGUCAUGUCAAUUUGGAGAAGCCACCCACUAAAAUCUUGUUUCAUGGGAAAAUAGGAAGUGGCAAAACCUCUUGUCUGAUGCAUUUACAACAUUAUGCUUGCACUGAAAACUACCUUGUAAUCCCAAUAACAGAUCUUCGAAAUACUUUGCAUGGAUGGCAGGAAGUUUUAUUUGAAUCAGACGAAGACGGUAAUAUUGAUAUGAAUGCUAAAGGACAUCAGCCUGAUAAAGCGGUCCAGUGGAUAUCUCAACUGCUGGCUGUUGAGCCGACCAAGGAGUACCUGGCGAAAUUGACCACAAACCAAGAGUACAUAUGGGGCGUGGAUGAAGUAAGUACAAAUGGCUCAACAUUGCUGUCACUCUGCGAGUUUGCCAAGCAGCGACCAAGAAGAGCUUCGAAAAUAGCAGCAGUCGUAAUAGAUGAAAUCAUACGGCUUGCGAACGAAGGCACAGUGAAGGUUGCUGUUAUUGUGGACGAAGUUCAGAGAUUGUUUGGGCGGUCCCCUAUCCUGGAUCCGCGAGUAUUCAGCAAACCAUUUGGCGAGAGGGUUGAAAACAGAGAUUCAAUUCGAAAAUUAAAAGCCGAGGAGUUGGAAUUAGUUUGUGGGUUCCGCAAAUUGUUGGAUAAAAAUUGGAAAAAUGGAGUUGUCAUUGCCUCUGUUAGAGCUUCGGAAUUGAAGCCUCUGGAUAUAACACCACGAUCGAUUUUAGGAAUAGAUGCUUUCAACUAUUUGAUGCCUUUUAUACCAAUUGAGGUACCGAAUUACAAUAAAGAUGAAUUACGAAAUCAAAUUGCUUUCUUCAGAGACCAGAAAUGGCUACAAACUGAAAAUAUAGAAACUCAAGAGCAAAUUGAACAGUUGUCAUUUUUAUCAAACAGAAACCCUGCCAGACUGUAUGACAUCUGUUGUUUAUUGUGAAAAUACAAAAAUAAUACAAAAAGAAGUU